UACGGCCCACGCGUCACACGGCGUGGCACGGAAGACGUUUGCUACGGCUCGGGCAUGACGCACGGUGAGAUGAAACGUCUAGUGGCAGUGUUUGAUGACAUUGACACGACACAUUCGGGCGUCAUCAACCUCUUGGAGUUUUACUACCUCCUCGAGUCGCCUCAAAACGAGUAUACACGGGGCAUCUUGCGCCUCGCGCCACAGCGAAGCGACCCGAAGAAGCUGUCGCUCGAUGAUUUUGUCGAAAUUAUGGUCAAGUUUGCUUGCAUGGACAAGAAGGGCGUGAUUGAAUUUUGUUUCGAGACGUUCGACGAGGACGAGUCGGGCGGGCUUGAUAGCAAUGAGCUUCGCAACCUCUGCAGCGCGAUUCAAGUGCGCAACGAUACCUUCUUUAACGGCAACUUUAUGCGUGCGAUGGAACACUUUGAUGAAGACAAGGACGACCAGCUCAACCGGCGCGAGUUUCGACUCCUUAGCAUCCAGUUUGGGCUCAUUUUCUACCCGAUCUUUCGAUUCCAAAACAAGGUGCGUGUCAAAACGCUUGGGCGCUGGAAAUGGUACCAAAUCAAGCGCCGGGGCCAAACCAUCGACGCGUGCCGCCACUUCAUGCAGACACACGACGGACGUGAGCCGCCCAUCACGUGGUUCGAUCGCGUCUUUAGCUGCUGGAGCCAUGCCCCCCGAUUACGCCACAUUGCGAUCCAGCUCUACAAAGCAGACCAGCAUCGACGGCGACUCGAAACCCAGCGAGCAGCGAUAUUAUUCAAUCUCGGUGUGCUGCCAACAGGCACGAUCCAGCCAAGCCCAGUACGUUUCCAGUGAAAUUGCCGAGUUGAUUUAUGAGCAAUUGAUCCCUUGUUGUUUACGUCGAAAGAGGGGUGGAGGGUAGGACCCCUUACCCUCUUUGGUGGUUACCUCCGUUAAAAAUGG